ACACUCUUCUCCACAGCCACUCUCCCCAUACAUUCUUCUUUCUCUCACACACUCUUCCCCACAACCACUCUCCCCCAUACACCCUUCCCCACGGCCACUCCCCCCAUACACUCUUCCCCACAGCCACUCUCCCUCACACACUCUUCCCCACAAACACUCUCCCCCAUACACUCUUCCCCACAGCCACUCCCCCCAUACACUCUUCUCCACAGCCACUCUCCCCAUACACACUUCUCCACAGCCACUCUCCCCCAUACACUCUUCCCCACAGCCACUCCCCCCAUACACUCUUCUCCACAGCCACUCUCCCCAUACAUUCUUCUUUCUCUCACACACUCUUCCCCACAACCACUCUCCCCCAAACACUCUUCCCCACAACCCCUCUCCCUCAUACACUUUCCCCCACAAACACUCUCCCCCAUACACACUUCUCCACAGCCACUCUCCCCCAUACACUCUUCCCCACAACCACUAUCCUUCAUACACUCUUCCCCACAAACACUCUCCCCCAUACACACUUCCCCACAGCCACUCUCCCCCAUACACUCUUCCCCACAACCACUCUCCCCCAUACACUUUCCCCCACAAACACUCUCCCCCAUACACACUUCUCCACAGCCACUCUCCCCAUACAUUCUUCUUUCUCUCACACACUCUUCCCCACAACCACUCUCCCCCAAACACUCUUCCCCCCAACCACUCUCCCUCAUACACUUUCCCCCACAAACUCUCUCCCCCAUACACACUUCUCCACAGCCACUCUCUCUCACACACUCUUCCCCACAGCCACUCUCCCAUACACUCUUCCCCACAGCCACUCUUCCCCAUACACUCUUCCCCACAGCCACUCUCUCCAUACACUCUUCCCCACAGCCACUCUCUCUCACACACUUUUCCCCACAGCCACUAUCCCUCAUACACUCAAUAGCACCCUCUUUUUCAUAACCUGUAAUAUCAGCACCAAGUUCAUCAAACCCUGGAGCGUGA